AUGGAGAGAAAUGCAUCCACAUUCAGCUCCACUUCUCUCCCAAUGCCAUCCCCCCUUAAUGUCACAGCUGACAUCAACGCCACCGUGAAGCCCUUCAGUGUGUUUGACGGCUGUGAGCUCCAGGUGGAGGGCAUCCUCUUUGACCUGACCCUCCAAAUCAUUAACGUAAUCGUUGGAAUCCCUGCCAACAUUCUUGUCAUUGCAAUCCUCAUCCACAACCGCAAAGAGCCCUCCACCUCAGAUAUAUUCCUGGGUUGCCUAGCUUUCAUGGAUGCCUAUUUUGGUGCAAUGACCCCUCUCAGCUUCCUUAACCUUUACCACCUACAAAGCAAGGACAUGUGGUCCGCCCUGAAGUUCUCCUAUGGUGUGAAAGACACCAGCGGCCCGUUGUUUCUCUCCUGUAUCUGCUUGGAUCGCUUCAUCGCUGUGCUCUUUCCCAUCCUGUUUGGGCAAAUCAAACAUAUAAAGUACAGGUUGAGCCUAUCCAUUCUGGUCCUCUGCUUAACUUUCGCCUACUCAGCAGCCAAAGUUGUAGGAGGCCUCCCCAACUUUGAGAGGGUGUUCACCGGUGAGGUUCUAGCCACUUUUGCAUGGAUGGUGGCAUGUAAUGUGAGCAUCCUGUGGGCCUUGAAGAAAUCCCGUGGUGCAGGGAAGGAUGACAUGCACCCCAUGAAGAAGAAAGCCUUCAAGAUGGUUCUGUCUAUCCUUUGUAUCAUUGUGUUUAACUACCUGCCACCUGUAGCCCUGUUUCCCUUUGAAGACUACUACUCCCCAGAUAUGUUUCGCUGCUAUGUGCAACCUGUGGGCUUUGCUUUCCUAAACAUUAGCAGCACCAUCCAGCCACUAGUCUACCUGUCCCGUCUGGAGAAGCUGCCUUUCCUCCCAGACUCCUAUGUGAAGAAGCUGUGCCCCUGUGUCUCUGCAGAAAACAAUAAAACCCCACCUGCUCAAAACCAACAGGUUUAG